AUGCAAAAAUCGCUUCUCAAUCAUCUGAAAGCAGCCGAGAACCGAUUUGUCUGGCUACGUGGGUCCCCUGGCACUGGGAAGACGGCGAUAUCUCUGAGCGUCGCAUCCACGCUCGAAAAGGAAGGCGUGCUUGCAGCCUCUUUCUUUUGGGAUAAAAACCAAAAGGAAACGGGCCUUGAUUCUUUAGACAAGUUCCCUUCUACCCUGGCGCGUCAACUUGCGAUAUUUAGUGGGGACUUCAAGAUCUCGCUCGUCAAACGCCUUCGGCAGCCGGAUUCGGAGCUGGUUCUGAGCCUUCCUCUCGAGAAACAAAUGCGGACAUUGGUUCUUGAACCGAUGAACGGUCUCAGGGACAUAUUUUCUGCAAGCAAGGAACGCUUCACCAUCGUCUUGGAUGGUUUGGACGAAUGU